AUAGCUAGAAAAGGAAAGAGUUAGUCGAGUAGGACAAAAAAUGUCCUUAUCUUCUGGGCCGGUCUACCAGCACAAUUGAUGUAUCCUCGAAUUCAGUGAUGAGUUCUGCGUACAUACAGAAAUUUAAUGGCAAUUUUACAGUUAUGAACCCUAAUGGAAGAAGUAUUGAAAUGGGGGAGUGCGGUAGACAUACUGCAAAUUUCUUUAAAGCGUUCAUUGGAACAAACGUUGCCUACAACAACUGCGAAGAGCGUUUAGGUACUCGAGAUGACUUUGUUCCAAAACAAAUCUGUUACUUGAAUAACUUCAUUCAGCAAAAUAGAAAAGAAGAGAAAACUGUGGAUGUCAACAUUAACAACAUUAAAGAAGAGAAAAUCGAGUUGAAUCCGUGUGCAGUUUCUAGUCAAUUGCUUAAAAAGUCGAAAGAGAAAAAAUUUAACCUUCUUCUCAUUGCAACAUCGCUUGAUGAGCGUGAGAUUGCGCAAAAACUGCAAGACAAUCUGCGACCAGAUUCUUACAGCAUGUUACCGAUUGCACUGGACAUAACUGAUGAAGAUGAAUUUAAUUCCCUCAAACGGAAGUUGAGUAAUAUGGACAAGGAAAGCCUUAUCGCUGCUAUUCAAAACUGUACGGGAGAUUUUUUGGACUCAACAAGAAACGACUUGCAGGAAAGAAAUGAAAAAUACUGGAAGCGCAGAAAUAGUAAUAAUGAAGCUGCGAGGCGAUCACGUGAAGCCAAACGAGCACGAUUCAGUUGGAUUCAAAAAAGAAGUAAAGAACUCGAAGUCGAGAAUGAAAAUUUGAGGAAGGAACUGAAAUUCUUGGAGGAAAAAGUGUCUGCUUUAAAUAAUGUAUAGUUCUGGAAAUUUUUUUGUUGUUGUUUUGUUUCUGGGUUUUUUCCUUCACUUCAUACUUUAGUUACGAUUUGCAAUUGGAUUAAUUAUAUUUAGCAUAAGAAUAACAUUUAAAAUGUAAAAAUAAAUUGUAAAUUUUGUAAAUUAGUUUUGUAUAUUUGUACUUAACAGGCAAUACUGUAUAACAGGUUAACGGUACUGGGCAAUGUUAGCUUUAUACUCAAUUGAUUUCGGAACUGCAAUUAGAAAAUAAAACUGCGUUUAUGAUAUAA